AAGAAAUACAAGUAGUGAUAGUCUGUCAAAACCUGUCCUUUGGAUUUCUGGGUGGAAAGUUUCUGGAGGGAGAAUAUAGAAGAGAUCAGAAGUUGAUUCUGUGUUCAGGUUACUCUCGGAUGAGCUAACACGGCCUAAGUCAAAGCAAGCUCGCCGACGUUUGGAUUUAAGCAGAGCUCACCACACAGACUGAGACAUGGGUCGCUACCUCAGCGCCAACAAAACCCUGAAAUCGUACUGCAAAAUCAGGUACACAAUGAGCCUCCUCAGAAAGGACCAUCAUCUGGUCAAAGCGCCGCUCUACAUGAACUCACACAGACAUUCACAACCUCUUCAGCCUUUCAGAUUCGCAAAAAAAGGUGCUUUCAAAAGUGAUGCUGGCUCCACGUCUUCCUGCUUCCUCAGAGACCUUACUGAUGGAACAGGGAAUUUACAUAUAGUGCGUUUUUAUUCAACUUCUAAUAGGAGUGACUUCAAAGCAGAGGCUCCGGUCGGGGUAUUCGAGGAGCCUCGGAGCAGUUUUCAUCUGAACUCGCUGGGAGACCGUCUUGGUCAAUCAUUCAAUCGACUGUCCAGACACAUCAACUUGUAUUUCAAGAAAAAGGACGCCUUGACGUUUGCUGGAAACGGCAGCCUUGUGGUCACAGCUGCAGAAUACCCCGGCCGGUCGCGGAGGAGUACUCAACACGCUGCUGGAGAGCGAAGUAUAGCUGAGAAGAAGGAAAUGAGACAGGCCGUCAAGUGCAACAAGAAAGAGGAAAAGUCAGAAAUGCCGACGACUUCAACGCAAGAAGCAUCCAGAUUACAACUGUUUCACAUCAGCACCCUGGCAACACGAUUCGGCGAGAGCUACAGCUACGUCGCUCAUCAUAUCAACUCAAUGUUUUCUCAGGAGUUUGCAGAAAUUCAGAAGCAGGAUCAUGUGGAAAGUGGGGCUUCCAGCAGAGGCACGAACAGGAGGCAUAGAAGAAGAAAACUGCCCAACACUUACAUCACGGCAGCUUCUGACGAUGGACCAACUCAGCUCAGUAACCACCAGGCGUCGGUGGAGAGCUACUACACCUCCAGCAGCUGGGAGGAGGGAUACCUUCAUUUUGCACGACAUAUUAAUAAAUACUUCGGUGCCAAAACUACAAACAACGUUCCGAAAAAAGGAAAACAAGUGAACGAGGUUAAUAAGAACAAUUACAUGAGGAACUUCUCAGCACAAUCUGCCUCACAAAUUCAGCAAAGUAGAACAGCCGCGCCUGAAUUUGGAGGCCUUUUCCACAGCAGCUCCAACGCAACAAACUUUGGUGAAAACUACAUGCAGAUGUCUCAUCACAUCAAUCAGUAUUUCAAAGGUGAAAGCGAACUGGAUGUGGACGAUGACAGAAACCUACUGAUGGAUCCUGGAUUCCUCCCCAGCUCUGAAGAAGUGAAGGCCGUGUCUUUUAUGGACUGCCUCCGUCACCCAGCAAGUGCCAUUCCAGAGCUGCUGGACAGUUAUCUGAAACUGAGCCGCUUGUCUAAGAAUAGCAAAUCACGAAGUGUCCGGACGUCACCGCAGGCAAUAAUAAAUAAAAAGUUUAUUUUGAGUCGGAGGCAAGCGGACGAAAUGACCUAUGGACUGAUGGGAAAUCUCAGACUGGCGUCUUCUCCAGACGCUUUGACCGCCUGUGUGGAGGCGCUCAACGAACACCUCAUCCGCUAUCCCUCCUGCAAGGCUUUAAUCUGGCAGGAAAAUACAGCAGUCACAUUGCUGAAACUAAGGAGGAGCUACAAACACCACCCGGGACUUCAGGCUGUCUUAAGAGAAACUUUGGCUUUGAUUGGAUAUGUGGAUCCAGUCAAAGGUCGUGGCAUUAGGGUGCUCUCAAUCGAUGGUGGUGGCACAAGGGGAGUUGUUCCUCUGCAGGUUUUAAAGCUACUGGAAGCUGAAACAGGCAAGAAGAUCCACCAGCUGUUCGACUACAUCUGUGGAGUGAGCACAGGUGCUGUGCUGGCUUUCAUGCUUGGUUUGGCCCAUUUCUCUCUUGAGGAAUGUGCCGAUAUGUACCGUCGCUUUGGUUCGGAAGUUUUUCGACAAAACCCGCUGGUUGGCACUGUGAAGAUGGGCUGGAGUCACUCCUACUACAACACUGAGACCUGGGAGGCAAUACUACAAAAGAAACUGGGUGACAGAUUACUUAUAACAACUGCCAGAGAUGAAUUAAGCCCCAAGGUUUCAGCCGUCAGUGCCGUGGUGAACUGGGGAACCAGUCCGAAGGCCUUCGUCUUCAGGAACUACAAUCACACACCGGGCUCCCUGAGCCGCUACGCCGGAGGCUCAGGCUACCAGAUGUGGCAGGCUGUCCGGGCAUCUUCAGCUGCCCCCGGAUACUUCCAGGAGUUCACCUUACAAAGUGACAUCCACCAGGAUGGAGGGAUUCUCCUGAACAACCCCUGCGCCUUGGCCGUCCACGAGAGCCGCUUGCUUUGGCCCAAGCAGCACUUCCAGUGCGUGCUGUCCCUCGGGACCGGUCGCUAUGACAACGCCAAGAGGGGUCCCGCCACGUCCACGAGCCUGAGAGCCAAAAUCAGCAACCUGAUCUGCAGUGCCACCGACACAGAGGGGGUGCACACCCUCCUGGAUGACCUCCUGGCCCCCAACGUUUAUUUUCGCUUCAAUCCCAUGCUGAGCGCCGGCGUGUCGCUGGAUGAGAACCGACCCGGGGUGAUGGACCAGCUGCAGAGAGACACCCAGAACUACCUGGAGAGGAACAGGCCCAAGCUGGCCCGACUCUGCUUGGUGCUCGGCGCAGAGCGAUCGGCCGUUCACAGGACUAAAGACUGGAUGAGCGAGCGGGCCUGGGAGAUGAAGCACAGAUUCAUGUGAAAACUGCGCGCCAGAAAGGAGGGUGACGAGAGGAAGAAACAAAAACAAAGGAAAAAAACCCUCCUAAUUAAGCACACUUUAAAUUAUGUAAUAAUGUUUCUGAAUUAUUUGUAUGAUGUAAUUAUGAUAUUGGGUAAGUUAUUGUCAACUUAUCACAUUAUUGGUUUUAUUACUGUAUAUUUAACUCGGGUAUAUUAUUCCCAGGUGAUAAAACAUUAGUCAUUAUUACAUUCGUACUGAAGUCAAUGCUAAAAUAAUUUCUAAGCAAACAAACUAUCGCUGCUCUGAAUAGGUCAGACAUUUUCUGUUAUCUGCCAUAUUUAUUGCUUUCAUUUUUUCCCCCCAUGUCAUGUAUUUUGUUUGAAUACGCAAAACACAAAACGAGCACUUGAUUGCACUUUAUAAAACGAUUAUUACAGCGUAUGUUAUAUAAAUCACAAUGUACAGAUAAUUCUGCAGAGAAAUGACAAUGUACUUUACAGUAUUGCACAUGUUAUACGUCAAAUAAAUUAUUAUUUAUGAG